UUUCUUGACCUGUGUUCUUUUGUAGCGGUUCUUAAGUGAUCUUGGUUUUCCCAUAAACACACCCUAAUUCAAUUACAGUCGCCCUGAAAGGGCGGCCUAAGCUUCGGGGCCAGGCACCUUUUCAGGAAGCAUAUAUCUAAGUUUGCAUUAAGUGCGACUGUACUGUGAAAACUAAUUUCUCUUCACAGGCUUUUAUAUAUGUUUCAAGAACUUCUUCACUUGCAUUAAAUUAGUUUCCGAUAUUUAUUACUAGUAGUUUUGGUUUAGUUUAUCCAGCAGCUUCGGUUUUCAGGUUUUUCCUGAACACUAGGUCACUACUUCUAAGAGAGGUUACACAGAGUUCCUGUAACUUCUUGCCUCUUCUUCAACUCCCUUUAUUCUAGAGUUAGACUUGAAGGAUUAAAGAAAGAAAAUAAGGGUUUGAUAGAGAUUGAAGAGAGGAUAAUAUGGAAGAGAAGCAUGAUGUUGACAAGAAUAUUGAUGAUGUGAUGUUGCCUGGAUUUCGGUUUCAUCCAACUGAUGAAGAACUUGUUGGUUUUUACCUCAAGAGGAAGAUACAGCAGCGGUCUUUGCCUAUUGAGUUAAUUAAGCAAGUUGAUAUCUAUAAAUAUGAUCCCUGGGAUCUUCCAAAGCUGGCGACUACAGGGGAAAAAGAGUGGUAUUUCUACUGUCCAAGAGACAGGAAAUACAGGAAUAGUGCGAGACCAAAUCGAGUUACAGGAGCUGGAUUUUGGAAGGCAACUGGAACAGACCGUCCAAUUUACUCGUCUGAUGGCACCAAAUGCAUAGGUUUGAAAAAAUCCCUUGUUUUCUACAGAGGUAGAGCUGCUAAAGGGAUGAAAACUGACUGGAUGAUGCACGAGUUUCGACUACCUUCUGUUGCAGAACCAUCACCCCCGAAGAAAUUCCUUGACAAAAGCCUUCCUCCUAAUGAUGCAUGGGCUAUUUGUAGGAUAUUCAAGAAAACCAAUUCUAUGGCACAAAGAGCUCUAAAUCAUUCUUGGAUAACCCAAUUGCCUGAAACCACAGCACCUGAUAUACUCAACCAAGGAGCAGCAGCAGCAGGACACUGUACUCAGUACAGUUCAGAGAACAUUUCUUGCACAACUGAAAUUGGAUCAGUUUUCCAGAUAUGCUCAAACACUGACUUACAACAAGCCUCUUCUUCCAACUUCUCUGCUAUAGACAUAUCCUCGUAUAAACCUAUUAAUCCUGCAAUCGAAAAGCCAUCUCUAUUUCCAGUUUCUAAUGGAGACCAUCAUCAUCAUCUUCCAAACAACAACUUCAUGUUUUCGCCGCUCGAAAUGUCAGGUCAAAACAAGUGUAGUACCACAAUUGAUGCUUCUAACUGUAUGCUAUUGAACCCUGCUUCUGAAAGUAUAGACUUUCAGGAGCCAGAACAUCAUCAGUAUAAUGGGUUCUCAAUUCGUUUGCCACAAGAAACACAAGGUCAUAUGGAUGCAGGAAUAGAUGAAGCAUCAGCAUUGAGGAAGAACCAAAGUGGGAUUCAUCAUGAUAGCAAUCAGUGGGGAAAUAUGAGAUCCAUUAGCUUCCCCUUCAAUUUGCCAACAAAUCUGCCAUGGGAUUCACCACCAUGUCCAAGUGAAAUGUCAUCUGCUUAUUCAACAAACAAAUGCUAUACUUAAAUCCUUUUAUCACAGAGGAAAUUGGAUUUAGAUAUAGCAUUCUGUGUGCAAAAUAUAUGCAGCUUUGGAUAAUUAGUUGGAGUAUAAUAUAUAUAUAUAUAUGUGUGUGUCAUAUAUGCUUUGUUAUUGUACAGUUUUCAUAAUAUUCCAAU